UGAGGGUUCUUGGUAAUGUCCCGCUUUAUCUAUCUGUCAAGCUCCCCUACACGUUUGAAAGCAAAAAACUAUAGUGCUGAAAUGAAAGCCCCAAAAUUAUAAUCAACAUUGUAAAAUUUUCAGCCAGCAUCGGCUUGCAAUUACCGCUAACUUCAGCUUUUCCCAAAGUCUUUGAAACCGAUUUGCAGUGAAAUACACGUAAAAUAAUUUUCUCUCUAUCUAGUAGGGGCAUAUCAGAGAUAGUUUGUAGGUCAUGUGACCUGAGUAUACUUAAAUGCUUUAACGAGAUCUAGAGGUUGAUUUCAUUGUCGACAGGUGAACACAAGCAGUCCUGCCGACUUUUCACAACAAUGCUGGGGAUCCUGUCCCUUUGAUAGCAACUAAGCAGAGCACCGAUAAAAUACAAAAGGAUGGAAUCAGUCAAUUUCCAAGCAGAUUCUAGUUUUAAAUCUUCAACCACUAAUAUAUACUUUCAGAUUUGUUUCCCCUCUAGAAGAUCCACGGCCAAGAAAUGCAUUGCGGUAUGAGAAAAUUCUCCUCUCUUGAAACGAGAUACAAUCCACUGAGGGACUGAUGUACUAAACGCUAAGUGUUGAGACAUGUAUUCAAAAGAACGAGGAACAACUUCAUAGAACUUACGAUCACUAGCGAGUUCUGCUUGAUAAUCAUCAACGUUUAAAGAGGAUGUUCUAAGUUUUUUAUACUAGCUCUACUUUAGCAUCUUGAUCAAUUCCUAGCUCAGGUAGUGCAUGGCGACCGUGAAAGUCAUUUCCAAGACAGUACAGUAAGAAGAGGCAGAUUUUCGGGUGGCUAAAGGUGAACUUUUGAUCAAAUUUUCGACAGUCAAAAUACUUUAUUUAAAAAUUUUCGGGCAUGACUAUGAUGCAAUAGAAAAAAUCCGAGUCCAAACCUAAGCCAAGAUGAUUUGCAAGUGACACCACAUCUCGAUCAGCUGUUUCACGGACAGCAUCAACAAUUUAAACACUACUUUUGCCAGAGUAAGAACAAUCACCUCGUUCUUUUUAAGCCGUUCAAUCUGAGAUUCGACCUUAUACUCAACGCCUUAAGCCGCUGUAAAACUCGAUCGUUACUAGUUGCUGCUCUGUACAAAAAUUAAGACAGUAUUCAUCACCUCUGAAGCAGAAUCUUUAGUCACAUCUUCGAUGGCUAACAAUUGUAAAUUAAAACUAUCUGGCACAAUAAAUACACAAUGGACGCUGAAUAAGGAAAAGAGGCAAAAUAACAAGACAAUGUAUGUCUAUAAGGUGCUAUAAACCUAAGUUUAUUCAUUACUACACAUCAGGUGACUAUUUCGGAUAACAUAAAUUGUUAAUACACAUUUAUUAUAUUAACAUCGAAAUGGGAGUACCCAAGUUGAAGAAGUUUGUGUCCAGUAGCAAAGGAUGGGACACAAUACAAGUGUCAGGCGAAGUAGUCAUCGAUGGCAACUCACUCUGCUAUAAUCUGAACAAACAGCAUGAGUGGAAGUUUGGAGGUGAUUACAAAGAGUUCUAUGAAACGGUUACAGUGUACAUUCGAGAGCUCAAGGCAUUAGGAAUAGAGCCGUACAUUGUGGUGGAUGGUAUGGAUCACGAUAACAGCAAGUAUCAGACGUACAUAGCGAGAAACGAAGAGCGUAUCAACGGAAUUGCUAACAGCCAAUCCCUAGGCACAGCACCACGCAACAUUGUUCGUCCACUGUUCAUACAUACUGUGUUUCUUGAUGCACUGAGAGACUUGAAGACAAAAUUCUUCAUAGCAGACGGAGAGGCAGAUCGAGAUAUUGCAUCACUUGCCAAUAGUUUAUCUUGCCCUGUUAUCAGCGAAGAUUCAGACUUCUUUAUUUUCAACAUUGAAGCUGGCUACAUACCAUUGACAGGUGGUGACCAACAAACACGAAUUGAUUUUCAAAAGCCAGUCAAACGAUUUCAGUAUAAAGAAUUCGAUAAAAGCUUAAAACUGAACGAAGAACAGCGGCUGUUCUUUCCUUUUAUCCUAGGCAAUGACUUCCAUAAGGGUGUUUCACGGUCCUCACUGCAAUUAACCUCACGCACACCACUCCACGACAUCUCAAGAAAACUAGCAAUGCUAGAUUUCAGCAAUGCAACUUUGACACGAUUCGUUUGUCCGAACCCCACAAGCCAGAUGGAAAAUAUCAAAUUGUACUACAGAGGGACAGCUCGAUCAUUUGAUGACCUUGCAUCUACCAGUUCACUUCUGGAGUUGUAUCCACACACCCCAGAGUGGAUCAUGCAGGAGUACAAGAAUGGUAGGUUCAUGGCUCCAAUAAUGAGUCUUGCAACUUGCCCUACUACAAAGCGGUGGCGACACACAAUAGUAGUCGAAGAUUUCAGUCAACAAAGCGCGUGGAAGGUUACAAAAAUUGGAAGAAAAUUUAUCAUUGGGGCUUUACUUGGUGACCAAGCAAACAAGCAUCAGAUAGUGACAACCGAAAUUAAGCCACCACCACCUAACAACUCAAAACUUGCAUUGGUGGACACCGAAGUCAUCUUAGCUCCAAAGCACACCAAAAUUCUACCUGUGCCACUAAAAGAUGUUCCACAAAUGCCAGUCACCGUUCGCAAAGAGAUAAUGUAUCGUGUGUUUCACUAUACAGAGCCUGCUGAGUCGGACAUUCCUGAGGGGCUACAGUUAGCCAUGAUCGCAGGGCGCUGCUGGGUACGUAAAGUAGUUUGCGACAAUACACACCUGAUUCAGUCGCUCGUAUGCUGUAUUCUAACCUGCUAUGGCCAUUUUCAAAUGAUUGAUCGAAAAGACGGAUGUAAGCUAGCUCAACAUGAGAUGCUGUUUUUUCUACACUCCUAUGCUCAGUGGCAGUGUCUACUACAUCACGUUAUCGCGUUUAACCAAGUUCUAAGCCACCCCUUUCCAUACACAAGCCCUGCUAGGCUAUUCUCUUCAAGUUUACUUCUACACUUCUACCAGCAGACCUCACAGGUCCUACAAGAAAAGAUUGACACAUUGGCAACGAGUAUGCUACAAAUAAUUACAGAGAGCAAGUAUUCUACUGAAAGUUUGAAAGAUAUUGAACUAGAGCCUUCGCAGACAAAGAAACGUCGCACUACAUACUGAACUAUAAGUAUAUAUAUAUAUCGUAAGGUGACAGGUAUUAUUAUUAAAUGCGACUUUAGAGUUUUAUACCGACCAUUUUUCAAAUUAUCCGUGAAUUUAGUUUCCUCUCAUUUGCUAACAUCACAUGCAGUAAAUGUUAAUAAAUUUAUAGAGUGCACAUAAUAUGCAAUAGUGUAUAUUGAAAUUUUAAUUGAAAUACAUUGAAGAUCAUAAAUGCACUAAAAACAUAGUGAUUCAGUAUCGUUAUGCAUACAAGCAACAAAGUCAUGCCACAGUGAAAGCAAAAUUAAAAUCAAUACAAUCCAUGCACAAUGAAAUGCAAAAAAUCGGUCACAACGAUUAAAGUGUUUAUGUGGUAAUAUUUCUCUUUACAACCAGCUCCAAGCCUAUAGUCAAAAUACAAGCUUCCACAAUUACGCUAUCAUGCACAAACCUGUUAAUAUACAGCAUUUUAUUAGAAUCUGUUCAUCUCUUUCGGGAAAAUGUGUUCCGACUCAAUGCAUGCAUGGUCAUGUAUGAACAGAGCCAUAUAUUAUGCCAACAGAAGGAACAGUUGUUGAUCACAACACCACGAAAGAAAAUUUACGGAACUAACUGUUCAUCUCAACAACA